UUAUGAUCAUUUCCCCACUGUUUACUCCGUUGCUUCGUUGCUUAAUCUGUCUGAAAUGGAAUUUAGGGUUCUUGUUACAUCGCAUUUCGACGUCUCGCUGUGAAUUACAAUUGGGAAACUGGACGAAUCUGAUCUACAAAUGUUCGGAAGUCCCAACCAACCCAUCUCGGAGCUCAACUCUGUCCUUCGAAAACCAAUCUAUCUCGGAGCUCACUCUGUCCUCACUCAAGUUGAAAUCUGGUGCUUCUCUGUCUGACUGCCAAUUCGAGUGCUAUAACCACCAGUCACACAAUGGCCUAUGAAUUGACUGAGCAAAAAAGAGUUGGACUUGGGCUGAUUGGUUUUGGCUUAUUUUUCACAUUUUUGGGUGUAAUCCUUUUCUUUGACAGGGGGUUGCUUGCUUUAGGAAACAUAUUUUGGUUAAUUGGAGUGGCACUUUUACUUGGUUGGCGUUCUACGUGGAAUCUAUUUACCAGUCGAGCAAAUUACAAGGGUUCUGUAUCCUUUCUUCUCGGCCUCUUCUUCAUUUUUGUUCGCUGGCCCAUAAUUGGUAUACUCUUGGAGAUUUGUGGCUGUUUUGUUCUCUUUGGUGGUUUCUGGCCCUCAAUUAAAGGAUUCUUGUACCAGAUUCCAGUUCUUGGAUGGAUUCUUCCAUACCCCAUCAUGAUUCUCGAAAGUCUGUGGAGAGGCUCUGGUUGAUCGCUUCAAAUUGUUAAACUUAUGUUCAAAUAAUAGUUGACAACACGAACUAAUCCGAUUGUAGAUGUAUUUCAUAUUCUUAUGUUGCAUCUGAAUGGAAAAUUCUGAAGGUUAGUACAUUGAUUCUCUGAUCAAAUUUUUUCAAUUCUUGAUAUAGCUUUUAUAUGUUGUUUAGAACUUCUUAAAUGUGUAUAUGUACACUUUUAUUAUUAUUAUUUUGACCUUCUCAUUUUUUUGGCU